GCUUAAGCAAUAUCAGUGAAAAGCGAUAAUGGAGAAUAAGAAGCAAGAAGAACGGAGCAGUGAGAAAAAAACAGUGAAUGAUAAUAUUAUAAAUGAUGAUGAUGAUGAUAAGAGAAAGAGUGAGAAAUUAGAAGGGCUGGCGAUGGAGGAUAGUCCGUACUUGCAGUACAAAGACUUGGAGGAUUACAAGAUGAAAGCGUACGGCGCCCAAGGACAUCUGGAGCCCGUGGCCGGCCGCGGUGCCGGAGCCUCAACCGAUGCCCCGACUUCUCAGACUAAUCAUAAUAAAGCUUCCGCAACUGAUACCAUCAACCGCCUUGGGGUUCCCUAGCUAGCUUGCUAUAGUAGUCAGUUAAUAUAAUUAAUUGUAUUUCAUCUUUAUUAUUAAUUUUUGCAUGAUAUGAUUUUAAUUACCAAGCACUUUUCUUAACUACAUAAUAAUUAAUAAUACAAUAGUAUUAUUUAAUAUCAUGCAAUAAUAUAUCGUAAUGAAGACUCUUGUCUCCCACCGCCAAGUUAAUUCUUAUACAUUAUGUAAUUUUAAAUAAUAUAUAAUUCUUAAUUUUAUGGUAUCA